AUGAAAGUGGUGUUUCAUUGGGAACAGAAUGAAAUCCCUGUUUCCCAGCAAAAGUAUAAUAACUUGUUGCAAAUGGUUAUUCCACAACCUGCAGCUGUCCGUCCUGUUAUAUCAGCUUUAGAGGAUGAGUUCUCAGGUCAUGUCUGGAUGCUGGAACACUUGGAGGAGGACAAACUCAAUGCCCUCAUAAAAACAGUUAAUGUUUCUAUCGAACGUUUCUGGCCUAGCUUGCUUGCUAAGGCCCUUGCUAAUAUUAGCAUUGGUUCAUUGAUAUCCAGUGUUGGCGCUGGAGGUGGUGCUCCUGUGGCUGGAGGUGUAGCUCUCACUGCUGGUGGUGGUACUGCUCCAGCUGAGGAGAAAAAGAAAGAGGAGGAGAAAAAAGAAGAAUCUGAUGAAAAUAUGGCCUUUGGUCUCUUUGACCAAAAUGCUAGUAAACUGUAA